AUGGAUGCCCAGCUGGUCUUACCACACACGCUGGUGGAGUGGGACAAGGAGACGGAGCCGAGGGGCGACGAACGACUAGAAGAGGGCGGAGAGCCCGAUCUAUGCUGUUAUUAUAUAACAGAGGAGGCAUUUGUGAUCCUGGACAAGGACCAAGUUAUGGCGAACAAUGUGAGCGAGGAGUUACACGACACGGUGACCGUCUUCCGGUCUCUGCUCGACUUUCGAGAGAAUACUGUUUUGCGACUGGCGGCUUGGUCCGCCGUCAUGGUCCAUUGUGUGCUGGGCCACGCUCAUUUGCCCUUGAGGCAACGGGAAGCUUUCAUUCGGAGCUGUGCGACGCGAAACACUGCUUUGAGGAGGUACUCGACGGUGGACGAAGGAACCCUGUGUGGGUUCUAUUUUCAUGAGAUCGCGCGAGACACGAGCCGCUGUGAGGCGGACAACGGUGUUGAUAGCGACGGUGAUCCGGAGGGGUCUGGGUUUGAACCCUGGUUGAAGCAUCAUUGCUUUGAUGUGUUCGAUAGUGAGUACGAUCCGAGCCGCGUGGUCUUGAGCUGGGACAAGCUCAACCUUCACCAAACAGCCGUCCUCUGCGCUUGGAACAACAUGUGGACCAUGUACUUGCUGGCGUCCGCGAUCGGGGACGAUGAGCUCCUGCCUUGGUUUGACCGGGCGGUAGAUGUUCUUUCAUCACGUGCUCGUGAUGUUCUCAAGAACGGGUGGAGUAAUGACCUCCUUGUUUCCUCCUCACGCGAGGUCCUUUGUAAGGAGUAA